AUGAUCAGAUCUUUCGCGGGUCAACGGCAAUCGGGAGUUGCUCAGAAGCGCGGAAAGACUCAGGAUAUGGGCUUGCUGUUUCCGGUGUGGUGCGUCCACUUGUACGUUCUUUCUAUUCGCUUACAUACUCGUGCAUGCGCGUGGUGAGUACGAGUACGGUUGAGAGAACAAUACGAUCAUCAAGAUCAUCGUCGGUGA